GUAGUUCAAAUAACAUUAACAUAUGAUAAUUGUCAACAAAUACCAUUUUGUAUUUCGCACAUUCAAUUAAAUUAAUCUAAUAUAAACAUGUCGGGGUUCAGCGGUGUGUUACAAUUAACGGACUUGGACGACUUCAUAACGCCGUCACAAGAGUGCAUUAAACCAGUUCAAAUUGAAAAGACGAAAACCAGUACGGGUGCGAAAAUUAGCAUCCAGGAGGACGGAUCGUAUUUUCAAAUUGAAGAAGAUGGGUCUUCACAAAAAUUGCAGAAGGUUGAAAUCACUUUGGCAGAUUGUUUGGCUUGUUCAGGCUGCAUUACUUCCGCCGAAAGUGUUUUGGUUACACAGCAGAGCCAAGAGGAAAUCAUUAGGGUGUUUGAUGAAAAUAAGGCACUGAAAAUGGCUGGCAAAACCAAUGAAGCCAAACUGAUAAUAGUGUCUUUAUCAAUCCAACCAAUUUUGUCCCUUGCUAUAAGAUAUAAUUUAACCCCUAAUCAAUGUGCAGGGAAACUUGCACAAUAUUUUAAACAAUUGGGCGCUGAUUUAGUUGUAGACAUGACUCUGGCAGAUGAUUUUGCCCUGCUUGAAGCUCAGAGGGAAUUUGUAAGAAGGUAUAGAGCAACAGAGAGUGAUGGCAUUAAAAAUAUCAUUCCUAUGCUGGCAUCAAGUUGUCCAGGAUGGGUUUGCUAUGCAGAAAAGACACAUGGCAGUUACAUAUUGCCAUACAUUUCAACAACCAAAUCACCACAGCAAAUAAUGGGUUCUCUUAUAAAACAUUGGGUGGGUCAUAAUUUAGGUGACAGACCUAUUUAUCAUGUAACAGUGAUGCCAUGCUAUGAUAAGAAGCUAGAGGCUGCCAGAGAAGACUUUUUUAAUCAACAGACUCAAUCCAGAGAUGUGGAUUGUGUGAUAACAGCCAUUGAAUUAGAACAAAUGUUGAGCAAAGAUCGAAUAUCAUUGGAAACACUAGAGGAAUCAACAUUUUCACAGCCAUGGCUUUUGAAACAAGAAUCAACAGAAAUUUUACCAAAUUUGACUUGUCAUAUUGGUUCUGGUUCUGGUGGAUAUUCAGAUCAUAUUUUUAAGUUUGCUGCCAAAGAGUUGUUUGGUAUUGAAGGAAUUAACUUGCAAUACAAAACCUUAAGAAACCAAGAUUUUAAAGAAGUAAUUUUGGAACAAGAUGGAAAAAUACUUUUAAGAUUUGCAAUUGCCAAUGGUUUCAGAAAUAUACAAAAUUUGGUACAAAAAUUAAAAAGGGGCAAAUCUGUUUAUCACUAUGUUGAAGUUAUGGCAUGUCCAUCAGGUUGUUUGAAUGGGGGAGCACAAGUGAGACCAAAGGAUGGUGUAUCCAUUAAGGAGUUAUCUACAGAGUUGGAAGAAAUGUAUAAAAGCCUUCCAAUUAAAAGCCCUGAAGAAAACAAAAUUGUAUUAGAACUGUAUGAGUCCUGGUUAGGUGGUCAAGAGAGUGAUAAAUGCAAUUCUGUCUUGCAUACUCAGUACCAUGAGGUUCAAAAAGCAACAAAUGCCUUAAAUAUCAAAUGGUGAAAGAUAGUUGUUGUAAAUUUGUUUCUACUAUUAAUAUAUAUUGUUAUAUUAUA